AUGACGUUGGCGGCGGGGCUGGGGUACGCUCUGAUCGCGCUGGGCCCCGCCUUCUCCCUCUUCGCCGGCGUCGUCGCCAGGAAGCCCUUCCUCGUCCUCACCGUCCUCUCCAGCACCUUGUUUUGGCUUAUAAGUUUGAUAGUCCUCUCGGGAAUAUGGAGGGGAUUUCUUCCUAUAAAGUCAGGAGCUUGGUGGGCCUAUGCGAUUCUGAUCCUUACAUCUGUCGCAUUGCAAGAAGGCACUCGUCUUGUGUUUUGGAGGCUUUACAAGAAAAUGGAAGAGAUGCUAGAUGCUUUUGCUGAUAGAAUAUCUAAGCCACGUCUUAGUUUGACUGACAAGAUGCUCAUUUCUUUAGCUGGUGGUUUAGGCCAUGGAGUGGCUCAUGCAGUCUUUUUCUGUCUCAGUCUUUUGACUCCAGCGUUUGGUCGAGCCACAUUUUAUAUUGAAACAUGCUCAAAGAUGCCAUUUUUCCUUGCUUCAGCCCUAAUUGCACUUGGAUUCUUGGUCAUCCAUACGUUCUCAAUGAUUAUUGCUUUUAAUGCAUAUGACGAGAGAAAGAAAAGUGAUCAAGUUUUUGUUCCAGUUAUUCAUUUGGCUGCUGCUGUGAUGACACUUGUUAACCUCGCCCCAGGAGGCUGUCUCAUUGGUACCCCACUGUUGUUGGUCAUGGCUGCGCUGACCUUGCAGCACUGCUGGCGAGUGGCAUGCCAGAGAUUAACUGAGCACCGGCAUCAGCAGCAUAACAGCAACUAG